AUGCUGCAGUUGGUGACCUUGGUCUUGACCUUCACUGCCAUCUCGGCCAGUAUCCUCAACGACUGGCUGACCUUCAAGGCCAGGCACGGCAAGGUGUACACAGGUGCCGAGGACACCAGGAGACGCGGGCUCUGGCUGAACAGUGUCAAGGCCGUCUUGGACCACAACAAGUUGUACGAACGUGGGCUGGUGGGCUACUACCUGCAGGUCAACCAGUACGCUGACCUGUCAGACGCUGAAUAUGCCAUCUUGCUCCAAGGUCUCACCCCGCUUGUCUCUGAACAAAACUUCACUUCAACGACACUGACAGCAGACGUCACUACACUUCCUGGGACAGUUGAUUGGCGCAAAAAUGGCUACGUCACACCGGUCAAAAACCAGGGUGCAUGUGGGUCAUGCUGGGCUUUCUCGGCCACCGGGGCCAUCGAGGGUCAGCUGGCCAAGACCACAGGGCAGCUGGUCAGCCUGUCCGAGUCGAAUUUAGUCGACUGUUCCAGGCCAUGGGGUAAUAAUGGCUGUAAUGGUGGCCUAAUGAUCAAUUCCUUCCAAUACGUCAUUGCCAACAAUGGUAUCGCUACCCAGGCCAGCUAUCCUUACGUGUCUAAGGAGAGUAACUGCACCUUCAGUACAGCAACGGUCGGGGCUAGGAUCACAGCCUACAAAAAAGUUGCUCUCGCCAAUGAGAGCGCCCUCACACAGGCCGUGGCUACGGUUGGGCCAGUGAGUGUUGGAAUUGAUGCCAGCUUAGGUUCGUUCCGCUACUACGGCGGUGGGGUCUACGACAACACAACCUGUAGUUCUAGUCGACUGACCCACGCCGUGCUGGUGGUAGGAUACGGCACCAACGACGCCGGCAAGGACUACUGGAUCGUUAAGAACAGUUGGGGUACAUCUUGGGGACUGUCGGGCUACAUCCUAAUGUCCAGAAACAAGAACAACCAAUGUGGAAUAGCAACUUUGGCCAGCUAUCCAGUCAUGUAGUUUACAGAGAACUUGAUGAAAUCAGAGUAGUAUAGCGUGCUACCCACUCAUGUAG